AUGGUGCAUGUGGAUGACUUGGCUAAAGCACAUAUAUUUCUUCUUGAACAUCCCAAUCCAAAGGGAAGGUAUACAUGUUCAUCAUGUUAUGUAACAGCUGAAAUGGUAUCUCAAAUCGCUUCUACUAAAUACCCAGAAUUUCAACAAAAAACACCAGACUCGUCCAAGCAAAGUCAAGUUAUUAAGCUACCAGAUUAUUCGUCUAAGAAGCUUAUAGACCUUGGAUUUGUGUUCAAGUAUGGACUUGAGGAAAUGCUUGAUGAUGCAAUUCAAUGCUGCAAAGAAAAAGGCAUACCUCUCAAGUGGUAG